AUGUGCUGCAGGACCAGUAACGGGAAGAGCACGGUGAUCAACGCCAUGCUGAGGGACCGCGUGCUGCCCAGCGGCAUCGGUCACACCACCAACUGCUUCCUGAGGGUGGAGGGAACCGACGGGGACGAGGCGUACCUCACCACCGAGGGGUCCAAUGACAGGAGGAGUGUCACUACGGUGAACCAGCUGGCUCACGCCCUCCACAUGGAUCCCACUCUGGACUCUGGCAGCCUGGUGAAGGUGAUGUGGCCUAAAAGCCGCUGUGCUCUGCUGAGAGACGACCUGGUGCUGAUGGACAGCCCCGGGACUGAUGUCACUCUGGAGUUAGACAGCUGGAUCGAUAAGUUCUGUCUGGACGCCGACGUCUUUGUUCUGGUGGGAAACGCUGAGUCGACGCUUAUGAACACGGAGAAACUUUUCUUCCACAAAGUCAGCGAGAGGAUCUCCAAACCGAAUAUCUUCAUCCUCCACAACAGAUGGGACGCUUCAGUGAGUGAACCUGAAUACAUCGAGGAGGUGAGGAAGCAGCACCUGGACCGCUGUGUGAGUUUCCUGGCCGAGGAGCUGAAGGUGGUCGGCCUGGACGAGGCUCCGGGGAGGAUCUUCUUCGUCUCGGCAAAAGAAGUCUUGAGCUCCAGGAUGCAGCGAGCACAAGGCAUGCCAGAGACAGGUGGCGCUCUGGCUGAAGGUUUCCACGAGAGGCUUAGAGAGUUCCAGAUGUUUGAGAGGACGUUUGAGGAGUUCAUCUCUCAGUCUGCAGUGAAGACCAAGUUCGAGCAGCACACAGUGAGGGCGUGGCAGAUCACCGAGGCCGUCAAAGCCGUGAUGGACGCCAUCAACAUCGCUUCCGCUGACAGGAAGAUAUGCUGCCUGGAGGAGCGCGAGGACCUGAGGGACCGGCUGGAGUUCGUCAGAGGUCAAAUCAACCGCCUGAGCGACAACAUCAAGGACAGGAUCAGGACUCUGACCGAGGGUGUGUCUGACAAGGUUGCUGCAGCGUUGUUGGAUCAGAUUCGCUCACUUCCUGUUCUGGUGGACGAGUUCAGAGCCGAUUUCAACCCGACACAAGAAACUCUGGAGCUCUACAAAACAAAGCUGCUGCAGCACGUGGACGAGAGGCUGGUCGGCUGUUUGUCUCAUCGCUGCUCCGUCAGCAUCCUCCAAGACCUCCGAGACGCUCAGAGACACAUGAUCGACAGUGUCCGGCCCCUGCUGUCGACAUCCGUCAGCGAGCAGCUCUCCGCCCCAACCCCUCCUCCUUCGACUUGACCUACGACCAUCGGCCUCGCCACCGUCUGUGCAGAUUUCCACGAGAACUCGAGGUUCCAGUUCUCUCUGGGCUGGACGGCGCUCGCCAGGCCGCCUCGUGGGCGCGGCCCCGGCGCCCGGCGAGCGCUUCAUGGCGCCGAGUCACUGCUGCAGGAGAGCUCCACCUUCAAGGACCAGAUGGCGGUCUCCGUAGCCACCGGGCUGGUCUCCGUCACCUCCCGGGCCUCCAUGACGGUGUUGGUGGUCGGUGGAGUGGUGUGGCGCUCCGUGGGCUGGCCCCUCCUCUUCCUGUCCCUGUCCCUCUACGGCCUCCUCUUCCUGUAUGAGAAGCUCAGCUGGACCGACGCCAGCAGGGAGCGCGCUCUGAAGCGUCAGUUCGUGGCGCACGCCGCGCGCCGCCUGAGGGCCUUCGGCUCCGUCGUCGGCUCCGCCUGCAGCCAGCAGGUGCACAAGGAGCUGGCGUCCACCUUCAGCCGCCUGGUGCAGCGCGUGGACCUGAGCGAGGCGGAGCUGGAGGGGCACGUCCGGCAGCUGAGCUCCAGGAUCCAGAGGCUGGAGAACAUCCAGAGGAGGUCCAAGGCCUUCAGGAACAGAGCCACAGAGCUGGAGACCCAGCUGGAGGUCUUCUCGGUUCAGAACCUGCAGGGACUCUGACUGCUCCUUAUUGUUAUGAGUUAUUAUUAUUAACUGAUCCUUAUGAGUUAUUAUUAUUAACUGCUCCUUA